ACGACACUGAUGUCGACCGAACGAAACUACAGAUAUUAUUUAAUUUAAUUGUUUUUAGUUAUUUUUAAAAAAUAAUCAUUGUUUUAAUUAUAAGAUAAUAUUCUGUCGAUCGCAUUCCAUUAAAAAUCCAACAAUUAUUUUUCAUUUACAGCCAUGCAGGGUUUAAAGUGGAUUGGUGCAAGUUGGAAGGAAACACCCGUGAGUGGACGAACGAAAAUCAAUGACCUAUUUCGUGGAUUAGAUGAAGACAGAGACUUGUUAGUCAAACGUCUGAAAGCUGGUCAAAAUUUAUACCCCAACUGUGACACAUCAAUUUGGCUUAGAAACUGUACACGUGAGAUUUCAAGUCCUAUUCAAGGCAAAAUAGAAGGUCAUAUACCUGAAUGGUUAUCAGGAUCUUUAUUGAGAAAUGGCCCAGGAAGUAUACGAGUUGGAAAUUAUGAAUUUAAACAUUUAUUCGACAGCUCAGCUUUAUUACACAGAUUUGCAUUCAAAAAUGGAACAGUGUCUUACCAGUGUAGAUUUUUAGAAUCUAAUACAUAUAAACAAAAUAAAGCAGCUCAAAGGAUUGUUGUUACCGAAUUUGGAACCAAAGCAUGUCCUGAUCCUUGUAAAACAAUUUUUCAAAGAUUUUCGAAUGUAUUUAAAUGGGGAGAAGAUCAAUCAGACAAUGCUAUGAUAUCUAUUUAUCCAAUUGGUGAUGAAUAUUACACACUAACUGAGUAUCCAAUAAUGAUAAGAAUUAAUCCCACAACACUCCAAACACUUAAUUCUACAGAUAUAGCCCGCAUGAUUGGUAUUGUGCAUCAUACAGCUCACCCGCACGUAGAAGCCGAUGGUGCCGUUUUCAAUUUAGCUACGGUACCAAAAAUUAAUGGCCCUCACUAUUGCGUGGUUAAAUUUCCUCGAUUCAAUCCAGAAACCGGCUGCCAGAAUUCGACAGAUGAAAUGUUUAGACAAAUAUGUAUUGUGGCUUCCAUCAAGUGUCGAUGGCCAUUGCAUCCUGGAUACAUGCAUUCGUUUGGUAUGACAGAACAUUAUUUUGUGAUAGUUGAGCAGCCUUUGAGCGUUUCAUUGUCAAGUGCCAUACUAAAUAAAUUCAAAGGAAAUCCGUUGUCAUCUGCGUUUAAAUGGUUCCAAGAUUGUCCUACUCUAAUACACUUAAUUUCAAGAUGUGACGGCAAAACGGUUAAAAUAUAUGAAUCUGACGCAUUAUUUUACCUUCAUAUCAUCAACCAGUACGAAGAAGGUAACCAUGUAGUAAUUGAUAUUUGUUGUUAUCGAGAUCCUUCAAUGCUUGAUUGUAUGUUCGUCGAAGCACUACAGAAUCUCAACAAAAACCCUGAUUAUGCAACCAUGUUUCGAAGUAGACCUUUGAGAUUCGUUUUACCAGUGUACAACGAUUCUACUACAAGUGAUAACGCACGAAAUAGUUAUCAUUAUGUAUGCCCUCAAAAGCUAUGUGAUCUGGGUUGUGAAACCCCCAGGAUUAAUGACCGCAAAAUUGGCAAUAAGUACAGAUUUUUCUAUGCAAUAUCGUCUGACGUUGAUGCUAAGAACCCUGGAACGCUUAUUAAAGUGGAUACCUACAAGAAAACAUGCUCAACGUGGAGUGAACGGAACAUAUAUCCCAGUGAACCAAUUUUCGUCUCUUCACCAGAUGCUCAAGGCGAGGAUGACGGUGUGGUGUUAUCAUCAAUAAUAUGGGGAGGAACUGAAAACACAAAUCAAGCUGGAGUAGUGAUUUUAGAUGCCAAGAGCUGGACAGAGAUAGGACGAGCUAUAUUUGUCACUGAGUCACCAGUGCCUAAAUGUUUACAUGGGUGGUUUGCCGAUGGAGUAUAAAAAUAUAUAAAUGACUAUCCAUAAUUACUAUCAGUAUUAAUAUUGAAAGUAUUAUAUAUAUAUAUAUAUAAUAUACAUUGUCAGUGGGUAGAUUAUUACUAGAGCAGAGGACUUGUAGCAUUUGCAUAUUUUUUUGUACAGUCACGAAAAUAGCAGAGUGCGAAACAAAUACGUUUC